AUGGCCCCUACCCCGGGCCCCCGAGGCUCCCAGGCCACCCCGACACGGGCCUUUGCGGGAGAUUACAACGGGCAGGAUGAGGAGGCUACGGAUACCUGCCUGCCCGUGUUCCAGGUGAGGUCCACAGAGCCGGUGGAUGCAGCCGGGAGACCCACCCGGCCAGAGGGGCCCCUCAUCAAGAUAGACAUGCCCAGAAAGCGCUACCCGGCCUGGGACGCACACUUUGUGGACCGCCGGCUGCGCAGGACCAUAAACGUGCUGCAGUACAUCAGCCCCAACGCGGUGGGCAUCAGGUAUAGGGAUGGGCCCCUUCUCUAUGAGCUACUGCAGUACGAGUCCUCUCUCUGAAGGAAUGCUCUCCAUCCUUCUCCCUCCCUCUCUCUCCCUCUCUCUCUCUCUCUCUCUGUCUCUCUCUCUCUCUCUCUCUCUCUCUGUCUCUGUCUCUGUCUCUCUCUCUCUCUCUCUCUCUCUCUCUCUCUCUCUCUCUCUCUCUCUCUCUCUCUCGCUCUCUCUCUCUCUCUCUCUCUCUCUCUCUCUCUCUCUUUCUGUUCUUCCUCUCGCUGGAUCUUCUCCUCCGUCUACAUCUGGUGCUCUUUCUUUCACCUCCCUCUCAGUCAUCCAGUCCUCCUAUAG